AUAAUUAUUGUUUACACUUGUCACAGGCGGCUACUAAGUAUUUUUUCUAUCAAGUUAAUUGUUCAUAAACUAUCUAAUUGGUUAUUAUUUAUGAACGUGCACGUGAUAUUUUAACAAAUUAUUCAAGAAAAUGUUCGUUAGAGAUUAUCGAUAGUAUAAAUGUAACUUGAUCGAAUUAACUGUAUAAUUUUGCUCUUAGUAUUAUGUAUUUUACAACCAAAGUAUAAGACUUAAAAUUUUUUAAUUUAAAAAUAAAGUAUAUCGUUUACAAAUGUUUUUUAAAAUAACAUACUUUAAAAUAGCGUCCAACUAGUUUUUUAUCAUAUUUAGUAUAAUUUUUUGUUAUCAAUUCAUGUGCACCAUUUAACAGUAUUUAGUAUGGACCAACCUAACACUAGAACACAAUCUCACAAUGAAAUUGUUACAAAUAUUAAACAAGAAAAUUUACUAGAACCUGGUCUACCAAUGGGUAAUUUUAGUGUACCAGGAAGUAUAUAUGAAUUAAAUCCUGAUGGCCGAUUGACAAUAAAAUUUGAUAGAGAAAUGUUAAAUUCUUGCAUAUUUGAAAGUGAAAUAGAAAUAGGUCCACCAUCUUAUAGUAAUAACAUGGCAUUUAAAUUUAACAGAAGUGAUUUAUUCAGAGCUUCUCAUUUUAAUUUUAACAAUAGUCAUGGAGCUUUUCUAAGUGGUCAUUUUAUUUCACCAAAAGUGGAAAUUGAGGAAGGAGAAAAUAACACGACACAUUUACUAGAAUUAGAACUGAAGAAAAAUGAAGAAUCUAAACCAAAGCCUUUUAAAUGUGAUGUUUGUAAUAAAUCUUUUACUAGCUCUGGAGGUUUAACAGUGCAUUAUAGAAGUCAUACUGGAAAUAAACCUUUUAAAUGUGAUUUGUGUUGCAAAUCUUUUUCUAACUCAAGUCAUUAUAACUAUCAUAUGAGAGUUCAUUCUGGUAAUAAACCCUUUAAAUGUCAUGUUUGUAACAAAGAGUAUUCUUGUGCUAAUGGUAUCUUAUACCACCAAAAAACUCAACAUUUCAUACAAGACUCUAAACCACUAAAAUGUGAUAUAUGUAACAAGCUGUUUACUAGCAAUGGCGGAUUAACUGUUCACUACCGAUCACAUACUGGUGAUCGUCCUUUUAAAUGUAACAUUUGUUAUAAAACUUUUACAAGCUCUAGCCACUGUAAGUAUCACCAAAAAUCACAUUUGGAUGAGGGAUCAAAAAAAUCUUUGAAAUGUGAUAUAUGUAAUAAAUUAUUUUCAAGUUCAGGAGGUUUAGUUGUCCAUUAUAGAAUGCAUACUGGUGAACGACCAUUCAAAUGUGAAAUUUGCUUCAAAUCAUUUACAAGUUCAAGUCACUAUAAAUACCAUCAAAAAUCUCAUUUACAUAUAAACGAAAAAAAAACUUUGAAGUGUGAUAUUUGUGAUAAACUAUUUUCCAGUUCUGGUGGAUUAAUAGUUCAUUAUCGUACACAUACUGGUGAUAGACCUUUUAAAUGUGAAAUCUGCUAUAAAACAUUCACUAGCUCUAGCCAUUACAAGUAUCAUAAAAAAACUCAUGAUUGUCAUGUUUAAUUUUAAUUGAGUAUUUAAUUAUGAUUUAUUUCAAGUAAGUAUUCCUAUUUAAAUAAUUUAUUAUACCAUGUGUUAUUAUUAUUGUCUUUUAUGUUAAUAUAUUACACAUUAUAAUUAUUGUGUAUUGUAUAUUAUAAAUUGAAUGAUAAAUAAUAAAUGUCAAAGUUAUUUAUUACGACUUGGAGGCAUUU